GCGACGAGAGAGUGAGAGCACUGAGAGUCGCAUACCGCAACGGCACAACCUCAUACUAGUCAUACUGCGAUCGGCCGUAGGACUACGACAUUUUAUUGGAAUUAUUAUAUUUUUCGUUUUUUCACUAUAGUCGUUAUUUUAUUUAUCAAUAUGUUUCUUAUUUCCACAAAUUAUGUACAAAACGUCGAGCGCCAGUAAUCUAUCAUCAGCCUCCGAGCUAUGUGCGGUAAAAAGUCUGCCCUGGUCCUGUAUCCAUUGACCAAACUUACAGGAAUUUUGCGAAAACAUAUUUCGGAACAUGGUUUCCGUGUAUCCAUAUCUAUGGGAUUAGUUAUAAGUACUACAUUAAUUGUGGUAUUAGGAAACUAUUGGAAAAGAAGAAAGUAUUCUCGAGAAUCAGCACCUGUUAUCAAACAUUAUUCUUAUGACAAGAGAAAAGCUAAUAUUGAUGUACCUUCAGUUUCUAGUUUUAGAAUUUUUAGAACUAGCCAUAGAUCACUAAGUCCUAGUAUCAAAUCCACCAAUCGACAAGCAUCUGUGAUAUCUUCAACUCAAGAUUCUCCUAGCCAUUGUAAAUCUUCAGAAGUUAAAUAUACUGCACCUCAACAACUAGGUGUAAUGGGUAUGGAAUCAUUAGCUUGUAGUAUAUCAUUUUGGGAAGAUGCAUUGACAGCAUUUUCUGGCAAUAAUUCAACAAUGGUAUCCAAUAAACUUAUGUCUACUGAAGAUUCCCAAUUUUGUAAAGAACUUCAACUGUUAGUGGAUUCUGCUUACUCAUUACAAGAUCAAUGUCAAUUACUUUUCCUAGAUCAAAGGUCAGUAUUAUUUCGUGUUCAACAGAAUGGAAAUGAUGACACAUUGAAGUUUGAUGAUCGCCGUUCGUCAGUAGAUAGUUUUGUAUCAGCACGCACAGAUGUAGCAAAUUUGAGAGAAUUUGAAGAAUUAAAUUUUGACAACUAUUAUCUAUAUCAAAAUGCUUUAAAAUAUUCUGAAAUUGAAGGCAUUGCAUGCAGGAGUUAUCGAACGACAUUGGUGAAUUGUGCUUCAGAUAGAGAAUAUGUGUGUAAGUUGCAUUGUAUUCGUCAAGCUUUUGAACAUUUAUUCAAGGAUGAAAAAAACUCGAUGUGGUUUUCUGAUUGUGGGAGACGUAUAUUAACCGAUAUAUUUUUAUUUUCCGAGAAAGACCCUAAGGAUUUUCUUUUAGCCUAUGAAGAGAUGUUGAGUUGGGCGAAAACUGAUGUUCAUUGGACUGAGGCUGAAAAUGAGUUAUCAGCUAGGGGUGUGAAAAAAAUGACAUUUUAUGAUAUUGUUAUGGAUUACAUUUUAAUGGAUGCAUUUGAAGAUCUUGAAGCUCCACCCACAUCGGUGAUUGCUGUAAUACAAAAUCGUUGGUUAUCAAAAGGAUUUAAAGAAACCGCUUUAUCAACUGCAGUUUGGUCAGUGCUCCGUGCCAAGCGUAGUAAAUUGAAAUACCCAAAUGGUUUUAUGCAUCAUUUUUACAACAUAUCUGAACAAAUGUCACCUUUACUUGCAUGGGGCUUCUUAGGUCCUGAUGAAGAACUGAGCAGAAUAUGUUUGUUUUUCAAGGAUCAAGUCAUUGAAUUGAUGCGUGAUAUAUUUAGUUUUGAUAAAUGUCGUUAUACUACCAAAGAAGAACUAUCAGCAGACAUGUUAGAGCAAUUUAAAAUACGAGCAGAGAACAUUAGUAAAAUGAUAGAAAUGAAAUGCAGUUUAGAUGUUAAGUCUUAAGAAAUAUUGAUCUCUUGAUUUAAAUUGAGAUAUACAUUUGCAGUUACCAGCUUCUAUUUUGUGCAUUUGUUUUCUAUUGACACUGUGUGUAUAUAUUUUUUUUAUUAGUUUGAAUUCUAUACUUUAUUUAUUUGGUUUU